AAAAUUUCCCUAAACACGGACAUCGUAAAACCCUAGUAAAACCCUCGCGUGCUUGGAAAUGGCGUUUAACUCAAUUCUUCGCAAGUCGGGUUCUUUUGCGAGGGCUCUUGCUGUCGCGGGUCAAUUGACGAAGAAUAGCAACCUGGGUCAUCGCUCUCUACACUUCACCGCCAUCAACCAGCACCAGCACAAGGAUUCGUUUGUUCCAAGGUUCCACUUUUCUUCUGUAGCUUCCAAGAAGAAACCAACCUCCGAUGAGAACCUUCUCCGGGUCAUCGAAUCCGAAAUCGAAUGCGCCCAGGAGACCGAUGAUCACAACGCAGCUGAAGAGGUUCCGGGUAAUUUUCCGUUUAAGAUAAUUGAUAGUCCCGGACAACAGACUAUAAUGCUCGAGAGAACGUACCAAGACGAGGAAAUUAAGGUGGAGGUUCACAUGCCGGAUUUGGUCACUGGGGAAGAAAAUGACGAUGAUAAUGAUAAUCAGAGUGAAAGAACUGCUCAGUCAAGUAUUCCACUUUCAAUCAGUGUUCAUAAGAAGGAUGGACCCUAUCUAGAGUUUAAUUGCGUGGGUUACCCUGAUGAGAUUGUUAUUGACGGCUUGUCGGUUAAGAAUCCUGAUCUCACUGAGGAUCAAGUUGCUUAUGAGGGACCAGACUUCCAGACCUUGGAUGAGAAUCUGCAGAAGUCCUUCCAUAAGUAUUUAGAAAUCAGAGGAAUCAAGCCUAGCACAACCAAUUUCUUGCAUGAGUACAUGAUCAACAAGGACAGUAAAGAGUACUUGGUAUGGUUGAACAAGCUCAAGAGCUUCGUGCAAGCAUGAGCCUUCACGUCUCUUUUAUGUGCUUACUGUCGUCAUUUGAAGAAAAGCAUGAAUGUUGCUGAGUUUUUGUUUAAUCACAUGCUGUACAUUCGAAGGAAAAGAUACCAAGGAGAUUUUACUGGUUUAGCUGUAGCUCCUAUUGGUUAUGGAAGGUAGAUUAUGCCUGAAAAUGUUUGGUUAAUUUGAUGGACAAAAUUUAGAUACAAUAAUUUAAAUGCUAUUACCAGUGCUGUACUCCAAUUAAAGUUGAUUUUACCAAAUUUAUCUAUUCGCCUUCCCAGGGAUGCUUUGUUAAGAAACUUUUCGCUGGGAUAUACGUGUUUGAUAUUUGGCUAAAAGCAUGUAUUGGAUGCAUGUCUUAAACCUCUCUUAUUUUCCAUUGAGUAAAUUGCUGUCUUUCUUCA